CUUUGAUAAAGAGGCAUUUUCUCCAGAGCAUUAGUUGAUGGCAGAGAUCGCACACUGAAGGAUUACUUCUCUUCAAAGAUGAUGAAAUUUAUACCAACAGCCUCUGCCACCUUAGUUGUUUGUUGGCUCUUGGUUUUUAUAGGCGUGAACUCGGUCGAUAUCUCUGUGAUGGGGUUCCCCAAUCAAAGCACAGAUGCCAUGACUCCACACCCUUUAACUGCAGUUAUCAUGGACCUCAGAAUCACUAACCGGAUUUACAAUGACUCACUGGCUGACCAGCAAGCAGUAGAGUAUAUAACAUUGAGGCGAGAGGUAGAGGAACUGUUCUAUGAUAUUUAUGAACCCACUCCUUUGACAUAUCUGGGGAUAAAUGAGAUGACCUUCAGUAUUGGGUCUGUGAUCGCCAGCUCUCGAUUGCUGUUUGGGACUGCCAUGCUCAAUCCAGUCCUCGUGAGAAGCAUCUAUUUGUAUGCGUACAAACAAAUUCCAUCGCCAACACUAGAGAUUGACCUUGGCUUCGUUGAAAAUGAACUACCAGCUCAAGAACCAUUUGAAGAACAGGGGCCCACUAGCAGACCACCAUCAACACCACACACAGAAAAACCCCUUUUGACCACGCUUUCCAUGGCCACGCCCCUUACUUCCACUCCUGACAUCAGAACAGACACUCCAUCCCUCGCCAGCCGCGAUCCAACCACACACUCCCCCAGCAUGACCAACUCCUUCCUGUUGGGCUCCAGUGCUGAUGUCGGAAACACCACACAUUCUCUCUCCUCCAUUUCUCAAAGCCCCACCUCCACACACCUUAACAACACCACAAUGCACCCAAACAUGAGCAAUACAAGCUCCUUCUUUGCAGCCCCCAAUGAAAACACCACUGAAGCCUUCAAUAGCACCAUCACUGCAGCCCAAAAUGGCACCACCAUUGCAGCCCCCAAUGAUACCACCACUGCAGCCUUCAAUGGAACCAUGACUGCAGCUCCAAAUGGCACCACCACUGCAGCCUUCAACAGUACCACCACUGAAGCCUCCAAUGGAACCACCAUUACAGCCCCCAACAGCACUACUGCUGAAUCUCCCAAUGGCACCACCACUGCACCCAGCAGCACCCUUCCCUCUAUCCACAGCACAUCUGAUAUGAACUCUACAAUCAGGUCCACUCCAUUUACAACAAUACAACCUCCAAAGACCACAGUUGUGAGUCAGUCACCUACCACAGCCACUGCUUGGGUGCCUAGCUGGGGCAUUGCCCUCUUAGUAUUGGCAGCUGUCAGUCUCUUCCUCCUCAUCAUCCUCCUCAUCGUUGUGGUGGUGCUCAGGUGCAAAAGGCCGAUCCGAAGAGGUUUCGUUAAUGAACCUGAUGAGUUAAACCCUCCCAUGUACUUCAAUCCAGAUAUAUCCAUGUACUCAACGCACAGCACAUUAGAUACGGCCAAUGGCAAACAAGUGGAUGUCAGAGAAAAACCUCCGAAAAACCGGACCGGGAUGUAUGUGGUGAACAAAUGAAGGACACAGAUUCUCUGACUCUGCCCUCACCCCUCUUGUAAAAUGAGGCAUGAGGAAACCUUUAGUUGGAAGACAAACUGUCAUGAAACCAGCACGGCGCUGCAGGACAGGGAUCGAUGGAUAUGAUUUUGCCAUUAAAUACACUUUUUAUGUAGAAUUUAUUUUCCUAAACUUUGCACAAGACCUCAGUGUACUUUGUAACUAUAUACAUUUUUCUUAUAAGAAUAUUAACAGUGAUUUAGUCAAAUUAAAAUGAGUUUCUGAAAUCGGUGGAGGAAUGUUGUCAUUUAAGUCAACAAUCAGAGCUGAAAUGAGUCACUAAACAAUACAUUUACAUUUAUGCAUUCUGUAACGCAUUUCUCCAAAGUGACUUGCGCUGGUGAACACAGCUCUGAGAAAGAGCACAAAUAUGUGGCUCAUGUUUCUACACACUACCUAAGUGCAUCAGUUAUCAGGUGACAAACUCAGUGUGGAACAAAACUAAAUGAACAACACAGCCAUAACAGGAGUUCUGUGUUAUGUCAGGUUGAAUUACACUUAAAAGCAAAGAGGAAAAAAAAUGUGCUAGACACGUUCCUGGUGGAGAAAGAAAAAUAUGGAGUAUUGAACAAUAUGAACAAACAUCUGACAGAAAGAGUGAGGCUGAUAGAAUGCUCUGAUAAUCUCUUUGUGGUAGAAUGUAAUCUGUGAAGAUAUUUUAUUUUUCCUCACGGUUUGACGUCUAUUCAAUCUGACCCUUACUUAGCAACGCUGGAGCUAGAUUUCAUAACAGCUAAAACAAUAUAGAACUGUUUAAUUGUAUGACACAUUUAUCUAAACUUGUGCAAUUACUCUGUCAGGAUUGAUAAAGUUUAAUAAAUUAUGCUUUUUUUUUUUUAUCACCAAAUGCUAGUCUAGACAACACAUUUCAGCUCAGUCAUUGUGCAAAUAUAAUUUUCCAUUUCAUUGUUAAGAACCACACACAAGGAGCGUGAAGGAUUGUAACUCUUGACACAUGUACAUACACUUCAAGUCAAAAAUUUGGACAAACUUGAUAGAAUUUGUGUAUGUUAUGAUCUUAAAAAGCUUGUGACUUCAUUUGUGUUAGGAAGGCUCUAUCUGUUUUGUUAGAGGUGCACCAAGUAAAAUUUGUUUGUUUCGCUGACCUAUACAACAAUAUUUAUAGAUGCAAAAAUUCAAUAUGUCCAUAUGUAUAAUAAAACAGCUUUUUCUUGGCAACUGACAUGAAUGGAGUCUUCAUCUCACGUGGUUGUAAUAGCCUAAUAACAACAUAAAGUAUAAGUACUUUUUAUUUGUUUAGGUGUAAAAUGAUUGAACCCUUUAAGCUCCAAGGGAGUUUUUAAAGAUUUUCUGUGUUAGUGGCAUACCCAAAAUUAAAGGCUUAUAAAAACAAAUUUUGAACUAUUUUUGGUAAAGAAAACUUUUCACAUUUUUUAAUGAUAUAGAUUAUGAUACAUUUUCGGAGUAAGAAACUGCUAAAAAAAAUCAUAUUAAACUUUUAAAAAUGUUCUUUUCUUUUCUUAUUUUUCUGAUUUUACAUUAUAUAUCUCAGGGUGUAAAUAAGGAAACUCCAAAAAAAUCAUGUCACCUAUUACUAAGUAAAAUUUUGUGUUGAUACUACAAAAAAAUCAAAACUUAUAGCAUUACAAAUAUAACUUAUCCAAGUGUCCAAAAAUGCCUCCAAAUGUCCAAAAGCCUCUCCAAACAAAUAAAACAUAAUAAUUCUACAUAAGAACUAAUUACACAUGCAAAUAAAACGACUAAAGGUAUGCUCUCUCUCCAAAGCAUGCAGGCAUGAGAAAGGAGAUCUCAUUCAGUUCCAUUUUGUGUCAUUUGAGCGAUCACUGUGUCUGCGUCAUGUACUUGGUGCCAUCUCCUGGUGGCCAUAUGUAAUUAGAGUGAACAGUCCUCUCUGCCCAUAUUUGGAUGACUUCCACCUCUGGUUGCAGCUAUCUGAAUCCUAAUACAUUUGGUUUAGCGUCCCAUGACACUGAACAACAUACUACAUAGUUUCCAACUAAGUCAUCUAGUCCAGGAAAGCUAACGUGUUUUAAGCCAGAUAACACAUUAUGUGCUGUGUGCACAUUCUGCUUCGUGUGGAUUAUCUAAUGAUCUAUGCAUCUGAUUACAUUAUGUGCAGGAUCGUUUAAAAAAAAAGAAAACGCCUUCUUUAAGUAAUGGUCUGUGAUAUUUUAUUUUCCUGUUUAUUUUUCGUAUAAAUACGAAAAAUAAGUAUAUGUCAAAGACAUAUACUUAUCUAUAACUUGCUUUGUGAGUAAAACAAAUAGGCUGUUCAGUAGUUGUAUGUUCAUGUAAUCUUGUAUAGAAGAGGUAAACUUGAACGGGAAAGGUGAGAUUAAAAGUUGGCUCACGCUGCGUUCGAAAGGGAUGGCUCACACUGCGAUUCGAAAGGGAGACUGCUCUAAAGAGAGAUUGGUUUAGCUCGUGGCAUUCAAAUGGGUAAGCCCAGCAUGCACUUGAACAGGGGUCCCCUCUGCAUCCAAAAUGGAAAGGCCCUUCCAUUGCCUCGAUAGAGGGAGCCUGAGAUACGAGAACGUGGAUGAGCUUGCGUGGCAUUUGAUCGAAAGGGGCUACGCUGUGAUUCGAAAUGAGACCUUCAUUAAGCAUAAAAGUGGAUGGACUCAUGACAUCUGAACGGGGAAAAUGAGAACGAGUUGGCUCACGCUGCAUUCGAAAGGGAGGGCUCACACUGCGAUUCGAAUGGGAGUCUGCCGUAAAGAGAGAGUUGUUUGGCCCACACCAUUCGAACAGGUAAGCCCAGCAUGCAUCCGAACGUGGGUCCACUCUGCAUCUGAAUGGAAAAGCCCACUCAGCGCUUCGAAAGGGGGAGCCCGCUAUACAUGUGAACUUGGGUGGACUCUACGCUGCAUUCAAACGGGAGGGCUCUUACUGCAAUUCGAAUGGGAGGACCCUGGUUUAAAAUAUAUAUACUGUAUAAACUGGCGGCCAAAAGUUUGGAAUAAUGUACAGAUUUUGCUGUUUACUUUAAUUCACCAAAGUGGCAUUCGUCUGAUCACAAAGUAUAGUCAGGACAUUACUGAUGUAGAAAAUAACACCAUCACUAUUUGAAAAAAGUCAUUUUUGGUCAAAUCUAGACAGGCCCCAUUUACAGCAGCCAUCACUUCAACACCUAAUCCUUGAGUAAUCAUACUAAAUUGCUAAUUUGGUACUAGAAAAUCACUUGCCAUUAUAUCAAACACAGUUGAAAGCUAUUUAAAUGAAGCUUAACAUUGUCUUUGUGUUUGUUUUUGAGUUGCCACAGUAUGCAAUAGACUGGCAUGUCUUAAGGUCAAUAUUAGGUCAAAAAUGGCAAAAAAGAAACUUGUCAGUCAAUCAUUGUUUUGAGGAAUGAAGGUCAUACAAUUCUUGAAAUUGCCAAAAAACUGAAGAUUUCAUACAAAAGUGUACACAACAGUCUUCAAAGACAAAGGACAACUGGCUCAAACAAGGACAGAAAGAGAUGUGGAAGGCAAGAUGUACAACUAAACAAGAGGAUAAGUACAUCAGAGUCUCUAGUUUGAGAAAUACAGGUGCAUCUCAAUAAAUUAGAAUGUCGUGGAAAAGUUCAUUUAUUUCAGUAAUUCAACUCAAAUUGUGAAACUCGUGUAUUAAAUAAAUUCAAUGCACACAGACUGAAGUAGUUUAAGUCUUUGGUUCUUUUAAUUGUGAUGAUUUUGGCUCACAUUUAACAAAAACCCACCAAUUCUCUAUCUCAACAAAUUAGAAUACAUCAUAAGACCAAUAAAAAAAACAUUUUUAGUGAAUUGUUGGCCUUCUGGAAAGUAUGUUCAUUUACUGUAUAUGUACUCAAUACUUGGUAGGGGCUCCUUUUGCUUUAAUUACUGCCUCAAUUUGGCGUGGCAUGGAGGUGAUCAGUUUGUGGCACUGCUGAGGUGGUAUGGAAGCCCAGGUUUCUUUGACAGUGGCCUUCAGCUCAUCUGCAUUUUUUGGUCUCUUGUUUCUCAUUUUCCUCUUGACAAUACCCCAUAGAUUCUCUAUGGGGUUCAGGUCUGGUGAGUUUGCUGGCCAGUCAAGCACACCAACACCAUGGUCAUUUAACCAACUUUUGGUGCUUUUGGCAGUGUGGGCAGGUGCCAAAUCCUGCUGGAAAAUGAAAUCAGCAUCUUUAAAAAGCUGGUCAGCAGAAAGAAGCAUGAAGUGCUCCAAAAUUUCUUGGUAAACGGGUGCAGUGCCUUUGGUUUUCAAAAAACACAAUGGACCAACACCAGCAGAUGACAUUGCACCCCAAAUCAUCACAGACUGUGGAAACUUAACACUGGACUUCAAGCAACUUGGGCUAUGAGCUUCUCCACCCUUCCUCCAGACUCUAGGACCUUGGUUUCCAAAUGAAAUACAAAACUUGCUCUAUUCUGAAAAGAGGACUUUGGAACACUGGGCAACAGUCCAGUUCUUCUUCUCCUUAGCCCAGGUAAGACGCCUCUGACGUUGUCUGUGGUUCAGGAGUGGCUUAACAAGAGGAAUACGACAACUGUAGCCAAAUUCCUUGACAUGUCUGUGUGUGGUGGCUCUUGAUGCCUUGACCCCAGCCUCAGUCCAUUCCUUGUGAAGUUCACCCUAAUUCUUGAAUUGAUUUUGCUGGACAAUCAUAAGGCUGCGGUUCUCUCGGUUGGUUGUGCAUCUUUUUCUUCAACACUUUUUCCUUCCACUCAACUUUCUGUUAACAUGCUUGGAUACAGCACUCUGUGAACAGCCAGCUUCUUUGGCAAUGAAUGUUUGUGGCUUACCCUCCUUGUGAAGGGUGUCAAUGAUUGUCUUCUGGACAACUGUCAGAUCAGCAGUCUUCCCCAUGAUUGUGUAGCCUAGUGAACCAAACUGAGAGACCAUUUCGAAGGCUCAGGAAACCUUUGCAGGUGUUUUGAGUUGAUUAGCUGACUGGCA